GAGAGGAGUGCACUAUAAGAAGCGUCAAAACAAUUAUUAAGCCACGGUCGAGAGGCGGAGAGCGGUAGUGUGCACAAUGAAGACAUAACACGGGAGAUUUUACUUGACUAACUGAAUUGUUGUCCAUCCGAAGCCGAGGACCCAGAAGCUUUUGGCAGCGCCGUGAAGAUUUCUGGGCGCCUCGCAUUGAAGUGGGUUCUGGUAGUGCACUUAUCUCUCCCGUGCUGUCGCCUGGCUACCUUUCAAAAACCGGCAAAAAAACCAUGACAAAAACACUUACGUUUCAGCACCUUAAGCGAGGACAGCUCCUUUCCUUUGCGUAACAUUAAAAGACUCAAUUGGAGCCUGCACUUCUGAGCGAAUUGAAACAUUCUGCCUCUUGUUACAGAACUCUUCGUACGUAUGGACACUCCCAGUGUCGCUUACUGUAUCUGUAUUGCGAGCCUUAAAGUAGCUUAAAAAUCCAUCGUCGCAGAAUCAGGAAUUGACUUCAAGCUCAAUAUGUACCAGGGUCAUUUGCAGGGGAGAGAUUCUAGGGCUGCAGAUAAGACUGUUGCCAUGGUCCUGAAGGAGAUACCCAGUAAGGCGUCUUCAGAAGUGAAACCCCUCCUCACGGUGACAACCAAGCUGGUGAGUGAGCAACAAGAGAGCCGCCCCCUGCUAAGCCCCUCCAUCGACGACUUUCUCUGUGAGACCAAGUGCCAUGGCGCUGCCCGCCUAGUGACUUCGAACACAGCAGUUCUGUCCUCCACAUUGGACCUAUUGGACCUCAGCGAGCCCGGAGAGAGAAGGAACAGCAAGCAGGACAAGAAGAGCCCUCUGUUGUCACGUGGGGACGGGCCUAAGAACAUGCCUCACCGGAAGAAGACGACGGACGAGACCGAGCUGAUCCAGGUGGAUGUAGAGCAGACUGUCCCCUGUCCCCACACUCCUGAAAGAGUGUCACUUGACUCAGUCAACAUUGCCUCUCCUUUGGAGAAAUGGGAGGAGCUCAAUGUCCACACUGAACGAAACAGCAGCAGAAAGUGGAAAUUGGAGAGACAGGGUUCAUCGAAAAACUCCUCCAGUGAACUUCUGUGGUCCAUAGACUGCAAAACACAAUCAGAGCCACCCUCCAAGUGCUCUUUGGAAGUAAAUACCAUAGCAGAGGCCGAGCCAGCUCUAGCAUUUCAACUCAACAGACAGUAUAUUAGUGGAAGACAUGGCCGUUUGAGUAAAGAGCGGUUCGGUGGCGGUGCCCUCCUGUCCAGAAACCAGUCCCUGGAGGAAGAGUUUGAGCGAGCCAAGGCAGCUGUGGAGUCAGACACUGAGUUCUGGGACAAGAUGCAAGCAGAGUGGGAGGAGCUAGCACGACGGAACUGGCUAACGGAGAACGAGCAGGCGCAGAUCCCCUCCAGUGUGUCGCCUCACGAGAAGGGUUACUACUUCCACAUGGACAACCCCUACAAGGACUGGCCCAACGCGUUUGAGGAGGGUCUUCGAAAGUCCAAAGAGGGAGACCUGCCCAACGCUGUGCUGCUACUGGAGGGGGCCAUCUUGCAGGACCCCCAGGACUCAGAGGCUUGGCAAGUGUUGGGGACCACCCAGGCCGAGAACGAAAACGAGCAAGCAGCUAUCGUCUCCCUCCAGAGGUGUCUCGAGCUCCACCCCAAUAACCUCCAAGCCCUCAUGGCCCUGGCGGUGAGCCUGACCAACACGGGCAUGAGGCAGGAUGCAUGCGAGGCAUUGCUACGCUGGCUCCGUCACAACUCCAAGUACAAGCACCUGCUGAAGGGCAAGAGCCACCUGGCGGGCUCCCCGGGCUCCCAACGUAGGAUGUCUCGUGUCUCAACUGUGGGCAGAUAUGAGAGCUCUCUACUGCCUGAGGUGAAGGAUCUGUUUCUGGAGGCAGCCCAGCACAACAGGGACACCGACCCGGACCUGCAGACGGGCCUGGGUGUGUUGUUCAACAUUAGCGCGGAGUUCAACAAAGCUGUGGAGGCCUUCAAUGCUGCCUUGACGGUGCGGCCAGAGGACUACCUGCUGUGGAACCGCCUGGGGGCCACGCUGGCUAACGGGGACCGCAGCGAGGAAGCGGUAGAGGCCUACACCCGAGCCCUGGAGCUCCAGCCGGGCUUCAUUAGAUCCCGUUACAACCUGGGCAUCAGCUGCAUCAACCUAGGAGCACACCGGGAGGCAGCCAGCAACUUCCUAACAGCCCUGAGUCUGCAGAGGAAGAGCCGUAGUCAGCAGCUCUCGCAACAGGUCAUGUCGGGGAACAUCUGGGCCGCCCUGCGGAUAGCCCUCUCCAUGAUGGACCAGCCGGAGCUCUUCCAGGCAGCCAACAUCGGAGACUUGGACCUCCUCAUGAAAGCCUUCAACCUGGACAUGUGAGUGGAGAUGGGCCUUGGAGACAAGUCUCUACUCUCCUACCAACAGGCCUUGGAGACAAGUCUCUACUGCCCUACCAACAGGCCUUGGAGACGAGCCUCUUCUCUCCUACCAACAGGCCUUGGAGACGAGCCUCUUCUCUCCUACCA